AUGGGAGUGAUGAACGGAAUGCUUGGGAACGAACCAUUUCCAUCAGAUGGCAAUCUGAAGUUAUAUCGUUGUGAUGUCUGUGGGAGAAGUUUUGCACCAGAUGUUCUGGAAAGGCACGGGCCAAUAUGCAAAAGACUUUUCAACAAAAAACGUAAGCCUUUCAAUUCCUUGAAGCAAAGAUUACAGGGCACUGACAUUUUCAUGGUCAGAAGGUCUCCCCAAACCAAGGUGCCACCUGUGAAGAAAUCUAAUUGGAGACAACAACAUGAAGAUUUUAUUAACGCAAUUCGAUCAGCCAAGCAAUGUACCAUAGCCAUUAAAGAAGGUCGCCCUCUUCCUCCUCCACCCCCUCCAAGUAUCAACCCAGAUUAUAUUCAGUGUCCUUACUGCAAUAGAAGAUUUAAUGAGACUGCAGCAGAGAGACAUAUUAAUUUCUGCAAGGAUCAGGCAUCCCGUCGGGUCUUUAAUCCUGCCCACACAGCAGCCAAAUUGGCAUCCAGGGCUCAGAACAAAGCUCAAGUGAAUUCCAAAAAAGAACCAACUGUAACAAGUGCUGUGGGAACAUUGCUUCAGAACAGGACAAUGGACUUUUCAAAAGAUCGCCCUAUGAAAGCAGGAGCAUCCCUAGAAUCAACAAGUGGAGUUAAAGCCAAGAAGUCACCUUCCAAAAAAGAUUAA